CACUGUCUGGAAAUUGUACAGUUGAAAUGGAUUCACCUCUGUCUUUACAGAUACAAUGUGCAGUGUGUUUGAGUGAUUUUACUGAUCCGGUGACUCUCUCUUGCGAGCACUCGUAUUGUCGACAAUGCAUCACAGGCCACAUGCAAGCCAGCCUGGGACCAAGUGCUUGUCCAGAAUGCAAAAAGCCCUAUAGCAAAGAAGACCUGAAACCAAGCCUUCUACUGAGGAACAUAACAUCGACAGUGAGAGAGCAUCUUUCUGCUGAGCGCAAAGAAGAUAAUGUGAAGAGUCCGACAUCUAAAGAUGGAGGACAAGCCCUCAAGCUUCCUGAAACAGAGCUGAUGUGUUCAGAGCAUGAUGAAAAGCUCAAACUCUUCUGUGAAACUGAUCAGAAGCUGGUGUGUGUCAUCUGUAGAGAUGGAGACAAACAUCAAGGACACAUUUUUAAACCAGUAAAAGAGUCUGCUGAGAUCACCAAGAGGGAGCUAAAGACUGCUUUAGGUUUUCUGGCCAAAGAAAACAAACAGCUGGAUUGUAUGAUCCAAGAACAGACAUCUGAGAUCACCAAAACUGAGGAGAAAUCCAAAUCCUUAAUAGCUCAGAUCUCUGCUCAGUUUGAAGAAAUGCACCAGUUCCUCCGACAGAAAGAGGAAGAGGUGAAGAAACAGUUGAAGAGAGAGGAGAGCAAACUUACUGAAAGCAUGCAGAAGAACCGGUCCAUGAUAGACACAAAGUUUAUGGAGAGCAAAAAGAAAGAAGUUGUUCUGCAGUUAUCAUUGGAGAUUAACCAACCUGAUCUCUUUCUACAGUGGUGGCAUGAAAUAGGAUUUCCUCUGACCGAGGGCAUGAAAGAUAAAGGCAGUGUGGCAUCAGAUAUUAAGUACACUUCAAAGCUGAAAGAUCUUACUGUGGUUCCUGACUCUCUCUUCCUUGGCCCCCAAGAAACUCACCUGCAGUUCUUUGUGUGGAAGCAGAUGCUGGAAUCCAUCAAACCAGUUCCUGAGAGUUUGACUUUGAAAAAUCCUGGAGAAUCUUACCUGAUCGUGUCUCCAGGGGGCGCCAGAAUCCGUCAAGCUGACAGAAUGUCUGCUCUGUUUAGAGGCUUCAAUCCCGGUACUGUUUCAGUUGAAAACUUUCAGUCUGGUCAGCACUACUGGGAGGUAGAAGUUGGGGAUAAACCAGACUGGACCGUGGGAAUCAUGAUGGGUGAAGUUAAUCUGAAAACAAAGUCAGCAGAGAGUGAGAUUCAGCUCCAUCUUAAACACAAUAAAGGAUACGUCCUGUCUUCUGAUGGACAAGAGACUCCAUUAAAAUCUCAAGACAAACCAAGGAAAAUAGGCUUGUAUCUGGACUGUACGAGAAAGCAGAUAUCUUUCUAUAAUGCUGACAACAUGUCUUUGUGGGCUCAUUGGAAAUACAGCUCAAACAAGCCUUGCUGUGUUAGUCUUGUGCCAGGUCUUUAUCUAGAUGGAGUCAACAGUGAUCCUCUCACUAUAUGUACAUAUAGGUUAGCAAACUCUAACAUGCUGCUAUAGUGAUUGAUAUAUGGAUCUUACAAUCCGAUUGUGUUUGUGUGGUAAAUUAUGUAAAUAAGUCUGUUCAAUAAUAAUUGCAAUUAAGUAAUCAGUCACUGCUGUCGAAUCACAACACACUGAACCACACAAUCAGAACUAAAUACGUAUUUCUGAAAGAGGGACUUCACAGAACAAGGAAGACAUCAACCUUUUUAGGACAGUGGUAAACAGCGGUAUAGAGAUAAGUAAAUUCUGUGAAAAAUACAAUGCUUUUUUACACGUGAAACAUAAAAAAUACGGUGCUUUUUACAUAAACAUAAACACAUGUUAUAUUGCACACUGUAAACACAAUCAAAGCUUCAAAAACACAUUUAAAACUGUCAUUUUAAACAUCAGAACUGUGAUGUGUGCAGUGUAUGUGACUUAAAGUAUAAUGCUGACUGUGCUUUUAGUGAAAGUAGUGUAAGGGAUCUCAGGUUUCGGAAGGGGAACAAAACUGCAAUCGUUCCCGGGUUUCUGACACAAUAUGUCUGAGAGCGUUGCUAGAGUACGAAUAUAUUGUAUUGCAAUAUGGAGCGUUUAAGUGUUAACACUAAAUCAAAACUAAACAACAGAUUUGUAAAUGAAAAGGUUUAAUUACAGUACUGACUUAAAGUUACAGUUGAAAUGGUUACACUAUAAAUGCAUGAAAUGGUAAAUAAUACAAACAAUUGACUGUUUCCAAUGUAUGUGAGAUAUUACCUGAUAAGAUAGAGAACAGAGAAAGAAAGAAAGUUUAGAAGAAAGAGAACUGGAACCUAGGCCUAAUGGCCUGAACCCCAGUGAAGAAGAAAGGAAAGGGAAAAGGCCAAUGCAAAAGCCAAAAAGCCAAAGCAAAAAGCCCAGAGCUCAUAAAAACAUUGAUCUUUAUCCUCUAUCUCUUGACCAUGUGACUAAACCUAACUUGAUACAUUCAAAUUGACCAAUCAGAAGAUCCCCUUUAACCCCCAAUGUACUUGACCAAACCCAACAUAAUACAUUCAAACUGACCAAUCAGAAAACCACCUAAAACCCCCACUGUAUUGGAUAAACAGUUGUGACAAUAGUCUUUGAUCACUAUCAGCAUAGGGGGCUGUGACAAGUUGUGACCAAGUAAUAAAUUCCUAUAUUUAUUUUUAAUCUUACAGUAGUGCACCUAAGGUUACUUCAGAGGGAU